AUGGAAAACACCGCCGCGCACUUCCGGCUGCUAAAAAUAAACCACGGAGCCGUCCGCAGGCUCUUCAAGGAAUUAGCGUACUACGAGAAGGAGGAGAGCGAGCUGCGUACCAAAGUGAACUCCCUCAAGGACCAAAACAAGUCCCCCGCAGAAAUCACGCGCGCACAAGAAAUGCUCAAGGAGACGGAGCGAGUUGUACCCCACAUAAAGUCAUCCCUCCAAACCAGCCUAAAGAAAGUAUGUGAUAUUAUUCAAGAGCAUUUUUCAAAUGUACUGCAAAUAAAUGACAAGACAAUUCAAUUCUGUGACACUCAUUCCGAGGACACGUUGAAGGAAGUCCUUUCGACUCACUACGACGACAUGUGUAAAGAAGUGGAUGGCCUGAACGACAUAUUGGGGAAGGUCCUGUUGUGCACCAAGCAGGACACCCUCCCCAGGUGUAACCCAACCCCCAGUGUAGCUGUUCCCCUCUCCUGCGAUGAACCCAUCGAGUGCGUUGACAUAUAA